AUGGUUUUUCAAGGCAAUUAUUUUGCAGCCAUGGAUGUUGUUACGCAUGAACGUGGUAUUGAUCCGACGAUGACACAAUAUCAGUAUUCACUUUACUCCUUACGCCCUAAACGAGUUGAUUUUGACCUAACAUGGGAAUGUGUUGAAAAUUCAAUUAAACGCAUCAUGAAAUUGCAACCAUUAGAGCGACGUGCUUGGGAUUAUAAUUUUUACCAUAUAUAUUCACUUUGUGUUGCUAUACCGGAACCGUUCAGUGAACGUUUGUAUCAAAAAACGAAGGAAUGUUUGGAAACUCACGUGAAUGAAUUGUUCCAGGAAAUCAGUAAACCAAGUAAUUAUGAACUUCUCAGCUGUUAUUGCCGGUUUUGGAAUAUGUUUUACAAAGGAGCAGUAUGUAUUCAUAAUCUUUUUGGGUAUCUCAACAAACAGUAUAUUAAAGUUAAGCGGUGUACCGAAAUUGAAGGUGGAUAUGGUGCAUAUAGUCAGUAUAUUGUACAAAGAGAUGUUAAAGAAAUUGGCCUGCUUGCUAUGGAAAUUUGGCGAGAAAAAAUGAUAAAUCCAUUGAAAAGACGACUGAUUGAUCAUAUUUUGAGUGCUAUAGCUGCAGAUCGAGAUGGAAAGAACAUUAUGCCAGUGGAUAUUGUUAGAGAUGUCAUUAUGUCUUUUGUGCAAGUAGAUGACGUCGAUUGUAUGCGUGAAGGGUCGGAUAAAAUUUCAGCAGAUUCAUUACUUAAUUUUGACACAUACAACGGAGUCUUCGAAAAAGAAUUUUUAAAAACUACAAUGGAAUAUUACAAAGUUCUAUCGAAUAAAUUGCUUGAUGAACUCAGUUGUUCUCAGUAUAUGAAAGUUGUAAUCAAGCAAAUGAAUGAAGAAAAUGAGCGUUCGAUCCGUUAUUUGCAUUCUAGUAGUUACGAAAAGGUAACUAAAAUUUGUCAAGAUGUGAUGGUAGAUGCGCACAAAAAACGCUUGUAUGCUGUUUGUCAGGAAUACAUCGAAGAGGAACGUACAGCUGACCUUCAUAACAUGUAUCGUAUUUUGAAACCUGUAGCUGGGGGGUUAUCGGUCGUUGUCCAUGAAUUUGAAAACUUCAUCAAAAAAACUGGUCUUGAAGCGUUGAAAGAAAUGAAUGGUGAUAAUAUUCCUCAGCAGUUUGUUGAAAACGUGUUGAAAGUUUAUGAAAGAUUUUCUUCUAUAGUCACAAGCGUUUAUCAUGAUGAUGGCGAUUUUGUUGGUUCAUUAGAUAAAGCUCUUCAGUGUAUUGUAAACUUUCGCGAAGAUUCACGCCAAGCUCCCAAAGCAUCAGAGAGGCUUGCACGUUAUAUUGAUACACUUUUGCGAAAAUCUGGUAAAGGAUUAAGUGAUAACGAAUUGGAAACAAAAUUAUCACAGACAAUUAUUAUUUUCCGCUAUAUUGAAGAUAAAGACGUCUUUCACAAAUUCUAUUCAAAAUUAUUGGCUAGUCGUCUAAUUUCCAACACUUCUUUGUCGAAAGAUGCCGAAGAAUCGAUGAUUACGAAGUUAAAACAAGCAUGUGGAUUUGAAUUCACUAGCAAACUGUCUCGCAUGUUUACAGAUGUAAGUUUGAGUCAGGAGCUCACUCAUAAAUUUGAAAUCUUUUGUGAUAUGCAUAAAAUUUGUCUAAAUAUUCAAAUGUCAGUAUUGAUCCUGCAAGCUGGAGCUUGGCCGUUACCGACACCGGGUCUAGCUUUGAUUUCUGCCUCAGGAAUCGAUGUUAAAGAACAUGCAAAUUCUGUGCAAACGACAGGUUUUAUUGUCCCUCCUAUUCUUUUGCCAUCAAUUGAAUAUUUCGAAAAAUUUUAUCAGGCUUCACAUAGCGGUCGCAAGUUAACGUGGCUUGUCAAUUUUGCAAAUGUAGAAGUCAGGUUGCAUUAUUUGGACAAAAUUUAUCAGGUUACAAUGUCAGCACAUCAGCUAGCUAUUCUCUUGUGUUUUGAAAUGAAUGAUUCGGUACAGCUAGGCUACUUGGAAAGGGCGACUGGUUUAUCGGGUGAAUUAUUAAGUCGGAACAUUCGUGCAUUAGUCGAUUCAGGAAUUUUGGUCCUUACCAAAACGGAAACGAACGAUGGGAAUGAAGUUAUGCUUAAUAAAAAACUGGUGUCGAAACGUCUUCGCUUUAAGGUUGUUGUACCACAACUUCAUCGACAUAUUGAAAAAGAAGCGGAGCAUGUGAAUCUUACUGCUCAGCAGGACCGUAAAUAUUAUAUGGAAUGUACUAUCGUUCGUAUAAUGAAGACUAGAAAAGUGUUGAAGCAUGCAGUUUUAGUUAACGAGGUGAUUGAACAAACGAAAUCUCGUUUCACACCUGAUGUCAACUUUAUAAAAAAGAAUAUUGAGUCGCUCAUUGAGAAACUCUAUAUCCAAAGAACUGACCAAAAUGAUGAAUACCAGUAUCUGGCGUGA